GCGCCUACUUUCGCCAAGUCGUCGCCAUUUUAUUAAGCGUCUAAAUCUCCCUCCCUCCUCAGACGGCUGCUCCGAUCCGCAACGUGAUCCCGGAGCCCCGUUUCGCCGCUUUAUCUCCUCCUUUGGCCACAUGAAAAUGGCCACGCAAUUGCAUUCCCGCACAUCCACCAAACCCCCCUUUGCGCUGUCAGCCUGUAACCCUGCGCGCACACACACAUACACACGCACGUAGGCACGCACGCACGCACGCACACACACAGCUGCAGCCCUUCAGCCCUCCGUCGUCCCGACACGUUAACAGCCCGUGAGCGAACGAGCGAGCCCAAUCCGAGGCAUUCUGACUGGCGGGAGCGGAGCAACUUUCCCCGGGAGGAGCGAGCGGGGGGGGGGAGACGGAUCCGGCGUCACCAGUCCGCCACCUAGCUGCGGACACGCGCCGACGGAGCUCCGCCGCUUCGACCGUACGAUUAUGAAAACACCCGCGCCAAUGUUGUUGCACAGUCGGCUCCGCGCUCCGACGGGACCGAAACUCGGUUUUCGGGGGUGUUUUAACCUCCGCCGGCCUCACUUAUGCAACCGGAGCCGCGUCUAAUGCCGCGGGAGAGCUGGGCAGUACAGCGCGAGAGCAGCAGGACAGCAGCACCUUCACCUCCUGCCCGAACGCAGUUCGGCUCCGGGACGCGCUCGCGGUUCGAGCCUGCAGGACGGGAGAAAGGCUUUCCUCCGCUCGAUGAAGGGAUCCAGCCGGACUUGGAUAGUUACCGUCUUCUUUUUGUGAAUUUUUACCUGGACUCUGCUCUUUGCCCUUGACCCCCCCCCACCUCCGGCCCCAAUAGGGCCAUUUGAAAGCGUUAUACUGGGAACCCUGCUGCAUUGUUUAUCUCCCCCCUGACGUCUCUGAUGGACCAGAGAGUGAAGGGGGGAUCCCCUCCAACCCCCGCCUCCACUCUAGACACCACCUCUGCACCUGAGGACUCUGAGCAGGACCAGGUGACGGAGAAGAAGAGGAGAAGCGAGGGGGAGAACGGUGAUGUGGGGAAAAAGGAGGAGGAGAAAAGAGGAGCCGGAAGAAAGAGAGAGGGAGACAAGGGGGCAGUGCUGGAGCUGCUCAUCGAGGGACGCUGUGGAAGUGUGGGGCAGCAGCAGCUCCAGAUCUCUGGCAGAGAGACGAGCUGCUCUGAGGGGAAUGUUCGGGUCCGGAUCGGACUCCAGACCAAGCGUACCAAGAAGCCCCCUAAAAUCUUGGAGAGCUACGUUUGCAAGCCCACCAUUAGGACCUAUCAGAGACAAGGCAGGGGGGCACUGCUCAGGGGGGAUGGCGAGGUCGGAGCAGGCCAGCAGAGUAAAACCAGCUCUAUCCCGGAUGAGGCCAACAGAGAACAACGCUCAGGAUUGGAUGCUGGCCAGAACACAUCCAAACAGACUGCAUCUGCUGCCUCGCCACCACUUACAUCACCAUUGUCGUCGUCAUCUUCAUCAUCGCAGCCGCUGUCAUCGUCGUCCACAGUUCCUACAGCUUCCACGCCGGUCACAGUACCUGCCAUCACCAGCCCCGGGACCAAGUCUGCCAAACAGGUUCCUAUCAAGCUGGCUGAUAAGGCAGAGGUGAAUUCAAAUGGCUCAUCGGAGAGAGUGAAAAAGGACAAGCCUUCGUGUGUCAGCAGCCAGUCUGUCCCUACGGGACCUAAACCCUGCUCACCCACAACAGACCGGGUCGCUGCAGCCGCUCCUUCCGUCCCCUGCGCCCAGGCAGCCUCGGAAACCAGGAAUGAAGGAAACACCUCCAAAAAACAUAACGGUUUGGUUCAGACAACGAAACAGAAGGGACUGUCGAAUGGGAAAAGCUGUGCCGGCAUCCUUGGCACGUCUGCGACCUCGACAAAAAACAAAGUUGGAAAAAACAGCAGUUCCUGCACUGUUUCUUGUACGGACUCCUCAAAAAGACCUCCCAUCUCCUCAGUCUCCCAGAAAGACUUCAGCCUUUCCAGUAAGAGUAGGCCAGACUCUCCUUCCUAUCCCACAGUCACCUCCAAACCACAAUCCUCCCCCGCUACAGAUGUCUCCUCCAACCAGUCCCAAGGUCAGGAUCCCUCUCUGCAGCCUUCACUAGAAAAAAAGAGAGAGAAAGAGAAGAAAGCAAAGAAAGAGAAACGAAAAGAGAAGAAGUCAAAGCGAGAGAGACUGGAAGCUGAAAGAACAAAGACUGGAAGCAGAAAAGAGGAAGUCAAGAAAAAGAAAAAAGAGAGGGAUGGAAAAGAAAGGCACAGUAAAGAAAAAGACGAAAAGCGUAGAGUUGAUGAUCUGUGGAGAGAUGAGUUAAAGAUUGACAAAGGAAAGGCGGAGAAAAAGAGGGACAAGCUCAGUCCAGACAAGCAAAGAACAGAGGAUAAUACUGGAAAAGGCACUGAAACGGUUGAUAAUGGCAAACUAGAAAAAAUGUGCAAACAUCCAGGCAGAGCAGACGAGAAAGAAAAGACAGAUGACAGUUGCAAGCCAGUCAAACAAGCCGAGCCAGCAACCCCAACAGGUGAUGCCAGUAAAUCAAAAGAACAGGAUGUCUCAAGAUAUUCAACUGUGCCUCCAAGCCACCCCCCCUCUUCUGCUCCUCCCUCUUUACCCAUGCCUUCUGCCCAUGCACCCAUUUCUCCCCCUUCCUCCCCUCAAGAACAAGACAGCCGGCCGCUAAAGAAACGCAAAGCCAGGAGACCCAGCUGGACCAAACUGGCACACCGGACUCAGAGGACGGAUAAUCACGAAGCGCCAUCAGACUCCCUACAUAAUCCCGCUCCGAGUUUCCCCCAGAACUUGAAGACACCCCUUCCUGCCAAAGCCACGGCUCAGCUUUGUGACGAAUCACACUCGGCACCUUCAAGCUCCGCAACCGGCAGCUCCUCCUCUCUGUCUUCACCAACCAAGCCUCCGACACCGAAGCAGACUACAUCGGACGCGAGCCCCCCUGCUUCCAGAUGCCCCGUAAGUGCUGUGCGGAAAAGGGGCCGUCCCAAAUCACACAGUUCCAGUCUGGAUGAUCCACCCCCUCGACUUUCCCCGAACGAUAUAUCGACUGAGGUGCCUCUUCUGGGGAGUGACGGAGUUCAAAAAGCCCCUGCGCUGGAGCCAAGUCCAGUCCCGCCGUGUGCCGCUCAAACUAAUCCCAGCCCCAAGAAACGUGGCCGUCCUCCUAAAAGGACCUUCCCCACGGACCAAUGCAAGGAUUUAACGAAUCAUGCUGGUCAUAUGGAGAGCAACAAAAAUUUUCAUCCCCCUGAAAAAGGGAACAGGCAGCUAAAGAUUAGGAGGCUGAUAAAUGAAAUGAAGAAAAGAAAGAAGAGAAGACUUCACAAAGUAUUCUUGUCUGGAUAUGUUGGGAAAGCGGGACGGGGAGGUGAGGCAGCAGAUGGCGAGACCUCGCUGAGAAUGUGUAAAUCAAUAGAAGCUACAACAGUGCACACGCUCACAGCGCUGUCCUCCUCUUUUGGGAGUAAGCUGGGCCCUCAGAUCAAUGUGAGCAAAAGAGGAACCAUCUACAUGGGCAAGAGGCGAGGACGCAAGCCAAAAUCUCAAACCGCUAAUCCGACGUCCAACUGCCAGAGCUCCACUCCGCUGUCGCUGUUUACCAAUCCCUCUGAAACUUCUCUCUUCUCCUCCAGCCAGCCUCAGCCUCCUCCCUCUCACCCUUUUCCCUCCCCAUCUCUCACCCACUCCAGUGGAGCCCAGAGUCCGUACAGCGACGGGAGCCUCGCAGAACCGACGUCCUCGUUACUUUUCUCUCAGCCCUUCUCCCUUCCCUCCCCGUCCUCCUCUUGCACCUCACCCCGCCCUCCCUCCUCUUCGUCGCUCUCCCCGUUUGUGAAGAAGAGUUGUCCGUGUCAGGGAAGGCAUCACUUUCCGUUCCACCAGUCUUCAUGUAAGCUGUCUUGUCCGAUCCCCCCUCUGCAUCACGCACCCGGCUCCCCCGGCCACCUGAAAGAGGCCACGCCCUCCCCCAGGAGCGAGUCGCACAGCGAGGAGACGCUGCCGAGCGACAGCGGCAUCGGAACGGACAACAACAGCGUCUCCGAGCGAGGCGAGAUGCGAGGAGCCCGGGGGAUGCUGAGGUUGGGUCACGGAUCAGGACUGAUUCUGGGCGGUCAACGACACACUUCAGCGUUCGCGGAUCGUCCUUCUCCUGUCUCCUCUCCUCUUUCUCGCUUGCCCAAACACAUCAGCCCUGUGACCAACCUAAACACCAUGGAGCGGCACAGGGACAGACACCGGCACAGGCGCAGGGAUUACGACUGCUCCUCCUCCUGUGCUUGCUUGUGCCCCUGCCCCUGCCCAGGACACAACAAGUGCUCACAUUCGGACUAUUAUUCUUGCCUUGGGCACAAUGCACUGAAGAGACAGAAAAACAAACACAAGAAAAAGCACCAGCAGCUGCACAUGCAGGAUCCGGAGUUUCUGGCCGAUCUGGAGGACCUGAUCGGACAGUUCAGUGAAGUCCACAUUGGACGGCGAAGCUGGGUGAGGACGGGACUGGGACAGGGAUUUGAUGGGAGUACGAAUCCUGGAAAGCGACAUCACUCCUCUUCCCACUCCCUCCGCUCCAACAUCUUUAGGAUCAACCUGAAUGGCUUUUACUCACCUCACCCUCCUUCCUUCUCCGCUAACCCCUCAUACUCCACGCAGUCCUUCUACCCCUGUCACUGUAGCAAGAAGCCAGACCGCAGGCAAUGCGGCUGCCCAUCCAAAUUUCAGGAAACCAUUGAAAGCAUGGGCUUUUACAGCAGUUAUCCCCCAGCAACUACUCUUUACCACCACCUUCCCAGCUCCUAUCCACUCCCCUCUCCUCACCAGUACGCCCCCCAUCAGCCCCAUCACGCUCACUUCCUGCUCAACCCGGCCAGAUUCCACAGGCGGAGGGGUCGACUGCUGAGGGAGGGGGCCUUCGGAGGCGAGGCCGAGGGAGACAUUGGGGGAUCCGGUGGAGGAGGUCCACACAUCAGCUCAGGGUUCACGUCCGGCCUCUCCUGCGGCUGCGGGAGAAGCGAACACAAGCAUAAGCAUAAACAUCGCCACAGGCACUGCGAGCGGGACUUGGAGGAUGAGGAUGAUUUGCAUGAGGACGAAGAGGAAGAUGGGAUCGAAAGAGAGGGGAUGACCAGCUCAAAGCCGAGGUCAACUUUCAUUUUGGGGCAAGGAGAAGGAGGACGGAAAGGGACAAGAGGAACGAGGACUAUGCUGUCUAAAGAGUCGCCUUGGUUAUGUGAGAGUGGAAACAACUCCUUCGCUGCCGUCGCCGCUGCUGCAUCAUCAUCAUCAUCAGCAGGAGCAGCAACAGCAGAAAGGUUCAAACAAACAUCACUCACCUCGCUGGGACUGGGUUCCUCACACUUGUCUUCUUUUGGUGGAAGCUGGGGUGGUUUGGGCCAGAGCUGGACAAAGUUCGGGGGCCUCGGGGGAAUGGGAUUUGGAAACUCAAAUCCGAGCUGGAGAGGAUUUACAGGAGAGCAACAAACUGGCAGACCGACUGCAUCGGAUGGAGAGGAUGAAGACAGCGAGGACGCUCAGGACUCGCCGCCUUACCGGAGAUCCCCGUCCCCAACCCAUACCAACCUGUUCACAUCCGCAGCCUUAGCAACAGCAGGGAGGGGCCUGAGGAGUGGAUUAGCCAGUCGGAUGGCAGGAAGUGGCGACAGGUCAUGGAGGAGAGACGAGCCGCCGCGGACCGAGAGGAGAGAAGCAGCGGCUGCAGGUUUACAAGGUGACUCAAGAAGCCGGGGGCAGCAGAAAGGCAUGCCAACGCCAGACAGUUUGCUGGUGAAAAACAAAAGGGGGCCGGGGCGGCCCAGGAAGCACCCGCUGCCCUCCGCCGUGCCCUCCUCCGCGCCGCCGUCCGCGGCGCCGUCCGUGUCGUCGCCCGACCUCCUGCCAGGACACGGCCACAACAGAGACGGGAGGGAGGUGGGAGGGAGAAAAGAGGAGAGACUGCCAGAGAGACAGCGAGAAGGAGGCGACACGGUGCAGCAGCAGGUCACCGAGCUGGAGUUGCAGGCCAAGAGGAAGAGAGGACGGAAGAGAAAACACGGUGACUCCCCCUGUCAUAGUGUCACUGAGGAUAUACCCGAGUGUGACAUCCUCCCUGAAUCUUUUAGCCAAUCAGAAGUCGACCAGGCUCCAUCCCAGCCAGAAACCAUACAAAGAGAGGAGAGAGCUGAUGAUCCUCCCAUGAAGAAGUUUCUGAAGGCAGGGCUUUACUCGGAUGAUUACAAAACUACAGAUCCUCCCUCCCAAGCCCAGAAGAACUGCAGAGAAGGUAUGGAGUACUCGCCAGGAGAGCAUGACUAUACUCUUUUGCCUGCUCCCAUGCACGUUGGGAAGUACCUGAGGCUGAAACGAAUUCAUUUCCAGUUGCCAUAUGACGUGAUGUGGCUUUGGCAGCAUAAUCAGCUUCUUCGGCAGCCUGCCGUCCCCCUGAAGAGGAAGCGGCGAUACUGCCGAUUAAAAGAGAGGAUGUCAUCCUUUCACCAGGCGAUGGAACAGGAGGAGAGCUCCAGCGACAUCACCAGCUUGUUCCCUCACCUCGACAUGGAGCCGCUGACCAGCGGUGAGAGGAGCUUCGUGAUGAAGCAUCACGUGUUCCUGGUGAGGAACUGGGAGCUCGUGAGAGACCGGCAGAUCCAGAUGAGGAUAGAGAGGGAGCGUGACCGGGGCGCAGAGGAGGAGGACGAGGGUGACUCGCAGCAUCUAACCUGUGACAGAGCCAAUGGGGACGACUGCCACAUCAAGUCAGAUCACCCAGUGGGGGUGGAGGUGACGGUUAUCAGCAGUGACCCCCACCACCAAAGUCAGGACACCUCCAGCUCACUCACUGCCAGCCCCCAUCCCACUAAAACCCAGAACGGACAAGAGGAGGAGGGAGAGAAACGAGGGGAAGGAGAGGCCUGCAGCAGAGAACAGAGGAGGAAACGGCUCAAUGAUUUACUUAUGACCCUGCAGCAUUCAUAAGCUAACGCGGAAAGAAAGGUGGGACCAUUCUCAGAGAGGGACCAGGCCCACCACUGGACAGAUGGACAACAUCGGAUGUCACAGCGCUGCCGCCGACGGGAGCAGCGCCGCUGAGAAUGUGUGAGAAAAAGGAAGCAGAGAGCUUGAGAAUCAUAGGAGCUGAAAAUGCAAGAAAGACAUCUCGCACACUGACAGAUGAGUGUGUUGAACCUUGCGCUCUGAAGGGCAUCACACCAAGGAUGAAACCAUGGCAACGCGUCUUUUGUCCAAGCAGCGACGGAUGAGAGGAACCGAGAUUGUCCCGGAUGAAAGAAAGAAAGAAAGAAAGAAGGAAGGAAACAGACCAGCUGAAAUGAAUUUGCACUAGUGCUGGAUGAACAAGCACACUAAAGACUUGUAUGUAAGCUGAGUGGACCCACUUUAAACACACAAAACAUAGACUUUGAUCACUCUCACUUUUGGCACCUUAAGCAAUUGGGUGAAGGACAGUUGUUGCGCGGGGAGUCGAAAAGUGGACAUAUAUGGUACUCAGCUUUUUCGGAUCCUUAGGUUUCCAAGAGACGAGGAGCUCAAGCUGCCCGGGGUUGGGGCGGGGUGGGGGGAGAGAAUGUAGCCCGGGCCCUAAGUAGGUCAAAAUUGAACCUUCAUUUUCUUGUUAAGCUUUCAAAGUCACAUUGCACCUUUGGGAAAUGGCACGAGGAGAAGUGAGCCAGUUAAGAGCUGGUGAGACAGUGUGAGGGGUUUUUCUUCACUUUACCAAGACAGUGUGUGCUAUGUACCAGUGAAUAGGCCAGUGAGGGGGGGGCGCGCGAGGGGGGGUGGGCUUAGUGAUAGGAAUUUUGGCAUCACUGCAAGAGAAUUUGUAAUGAGGUUUUAAGAAAGAAGUUAUUUUUUGACAAACAAAAAGAGAAGAAGAAGAAGAAAAAAAAAAACCAAACCACAGCCUGUGUCCUAUCUGAUAAAGAAACGGACGG